AUGGGAAUCAAAGAAUUAGAAGCAACAACUCGUGAUAUUCCUGACUACGAUGUGUUGAUGACUCAACCAGGCGAUUCGUAUAACGAUACAACCAUGUUGGGUGAAGCUGAUCACGGUUUCUUAUUUGAUGCGCCUGAAAAUGUGAUUCGUGAAUUUCCACAGUUCCCGCCAAUUCAUGGUUAUGACGCACUGAAAGAAGCAAUUCGUAAAGCAUCUAUUCGUGAUAUUCCAGCUUAA